UGGCUGUGACGCUGCAGGCAGCAGCAGGUGUGGACGGUCGGUACUGUUAUUUCUUUAUUUUGGUGUGAUUGUUGGAGCUUGCAGUCUCAUGCCACUACGCUAGGUCAGACUGAAGCGGGUUCUUGUCCAGGUCUGGGUGUGAACCCCGUCGAGAUGUCUUCGGCCGAACACGCAACCUUAAGUCAGCUCAAUACGUUUGAGAAACUGUCGUGGAGGCCCUCGGUCCGCGACUCAGGCUCCAAGAAGCGGGCACGGUGGCUUCAGGCUCGGCGCAUCUUCUCCCCUUCCUGCCCCAACCUGCGGAUCCCCAACAGGUUCCUGAGAGAAGGACACUGUGUACCUCCCGCCCGGAGCGGACACCGCUGUGUUGCAGACAGCGCCAACCUGUAUGUGUUUGGAGGCUACAAUCCAGACUUUGAGGAGGCAGGCGGGUCAGAGAAUGAUGACUACCCUCUUUUCAGAGAGCUUUGGCGGUUUCAUUUUGCCACAGCCACCUGGCAGCAGGUCCGCACAGAAGGCUACAUGCCCACAGAGUUGGCCUCUAUGUCAGCUGUUUUACACGGCAACAACCUGCUUGUGUUUGGUGGCACUGGGAUUCCAUUCGGUGAAAACAACGGCAACGACGUCCAUGUUUGCAAUGUUCAGUACAAACGAUGGAAGCUGCUCAACUGCAGAGGGAAGAAACCAAACAAGAUCUAUGGACAGGCGAUGGUCAUCAUAAAUGGCUACCUCUAUGUGUUUGGAGGGACAACGGGCUACCUUUACAGCACUGACCUGCACAGGCUGGACCUGACCACCAGAGAGUGGACCCACCUCAAACCCAACAACACACCUUCAGAUCUACCUGAGGAGAGGUACAGACAUGAACUAGCUCAUGAUGGACAGAGAAUAUACAUAUUAGGUGGUGGGACGUCCUGGACAUCAUAUCCCCUGCACAAGAUUCACGCAUAUAACUUGGAGACAAAUUACUGGGAGGAAAUAGUCACCAAACCUCAUGAAAAAAUAGGAUAUCCUGCUGCCCGCCGCUGUCACAGCUGUGUGCAGGUCAAAAAUGAGGUGUUUAUAUGUGGGGGUUAUAAUGGAGAGUUGAUCCUAUCUGACCUGUGGAAGAUCAACCUGCAAACUUUCCAGUGGAUCAAGCUGCCUGCUGUCAUGCCAGAGCCAGCCUACUUUCACUGUGCUGCAGUCACUCCGGCUGGCUGCAUGUACGUCCACGGCGGUGUUGUCAACAUGUCUGGGAAUAGGAGGACUGGCUCGCUGUACAAAGUGUGGCUGGUGGUACCCAGCCUGCUGGAACUGACCUGGGAGAAACUGCUGAAAACUUUCCCUCACGUAGCCCAGCUGUCCACGCUUCAACUGCUCAGCCUGGGACUGACACACACACUAAUUCAGCGGCUCAAGUAGACAGAGCACACAGACUGAAGGAAGCGGUAUGUGAUGCAGCAGCACUGUCACUAAAAUCACUGAAAACUUGACAAAAAAGUUCUCAAGGGGGCAAAGAAAGUGUGAUGCUGUCAUGUGGUUUAUGAAAAAAAACUGAACUUUAGUCUUUAUGUAAAUGUGUGUGUGUGUGUGUAUUUUUAUUUUUUAAUGCCAAGUGCAAUGUUUUGAGUCUCUCUGUAUGUGUGUAAGAUUUGAGUUUGCACGCAGCAGAGGCCAUGCAUCAGUGUGGACUCCUUGAUCUUGUCAUUUUGGGUCAACUAUACAGUGCACUCCUCCAAUUUUAAAUUAUAAUUUUUUAACCACAUUUCACUGUCACAGAAACUUGUGAAGCAUGAGCAGGAAGAGUUAAAUGUCCUCUUCUUGAAAGCUAAAUGAAUGUUGCUUGUGCUAGUGUACUUUUAUCUUCCAUUCAGAGGCAGAGAUCAGCUUGUUUCACUACUGCUGAAAUGACGACCCGUUGCACGCUGCUGCUACGCACACUGAGACCUAGGUUAGAUCAGUAAUUAAUGUCAAAACUGUGCUGACGUAAACUUAAUUUCCAUUUAGUUGGUUAGAAAUCGGCCAGAUCCUCUGUGAAGAGGCAGGCUGCUGAUAAAGCAUAGACGCGUUAUAACUGUGAUACCUCUUUUAACGGUCCAAUUAGGUCAAAUAUUUAAGGAAUCAUGUUUUAGCCUUGAGGAUGUUGAGUUCUACUGGUCAAAUUGAAAAUCUUCCCCUCGCUGAUCACAUUAGGCCUUUUGAGCAGAUGAAAACCCAAAAGCCAUUUUAAAACAUCUGCAACAUAGCAUCACUGUGAAUCUUCCUGUGCCUCUUGUUUAGUUAGAAAUUUAUUUAUACUAUGCUACUAACUAUAGCUCCACAGUGAUUCUACAUCCUUUUUAUUUUUUUUUAUUUUAAUAUUUUCAUUCAGUGCCUUCUGACUUCCCAAGAUAUCGCACAUCGUUUUUAUGUUUCCUUCCAUAUAUCUAUCUUUAUAAGAUUUUCAUUACUCUCUGAACUGUGUACGUUUCCUUUUCCCCCAUGUGAUUUACCUGGUGCUCUCCACAUGGGCCUAUUGCUGCUGAACCUUUCUGCUCAUGAUUUAAUCAGGAGAUGCUGCUUGCAGCUAAAGAUUUUUCAUUAACUUAAAUCCACAUUUUUUUAAAGCUAUUUAUUUUAAUCACUGUGCUGAUGUUUUUUGUUACAAAACCUUCAGUUGUAGCAGAACACGUUGCUACAUUUCUCUUUCACCUGGUUUUAUUGUCACUUUGUUGCCCACUUUAUGCCUAAACUCCAUUAAAACCUCUUUUAUACUAUAACAUAGGCUGUACUGUAAAUAUUAGA